CGGGGCGAAUGCCAGUUAGUUGGCGCAUGGUUUACGUAAAAGCCGCACAAAUUGCUUGGUUUUUUAAUAAAAAAUACAUUUCUAAGUAGAAAUUAAAGUGCAAAACCAUGUCUGCCGGCUUGACUCGCUUGUGGGAGCGCCUGCCGCUCAAAAAACAGGCGGCCCAGAGCAGUAUCCGAGUUUUUUCCAACCAGGAGCAGCAGCAGCCAGAAGUGGAAGACGAUGAAGAAUUCCGGGUGCUGAGUCUGCGGACAAUGAAGCAGCAGUUCCAGCGGCGCCAGCAGGUGCGCAGGGAUCCCAUCACACCUCCUCGUACCGGUCGCAUGGCGGUGGAUCAGGAUUGGUCGGCCGUUUGGCCAGGACCACGCUCCUUCCACCCGGCCAGUGUGCCUCUGCCACUUCGCCAGGGAUUCACCGAGCGAGGAGCAGCCGCCCCGUCGAAAUACGCCAACGCCGAGCUGAUGAAGAUACCCAACUUUUUGCACUUGACGCCACCGGCCAUCCGGCAACAGUGCGAGGCCAUCAAGAAAUUCUGCACGCCGUGGCCAAAGGGUCUGGAGACGGAGGCCAAGUGGCAGCGCCACUUCCCCGUGGAGGUCACCACCACGGACUUUUGUCACAGCUUGCCCACGAUCAGAAAUCCGGAGGCCAGACGAGUCACCAUUUCCCUGAAGCUAUCUGAUCUAAAGUUCGAUGCGCAUGCCCGGGAUAAGUUCCUGCGCCUGGUGGGCGAUCGUUACAACAAGGAUACGGACAUCCUCACCUUCGUCACGGAUCGGUGUCCGCAAAAGAAGCAGAACUACGACUACGCCCUGUAUUUACUGACGGCUUGUUACCACGAAUCCUUUGUGACCGAGCCCUGGGAGGCAACCAAGUCGGAGGCCGACAUGGAGGUCUAUCUGUUCGAGAGGAACCGGUCCAAGCUCUCCGCCGAGGCAAUCCUCAACUGGAACGCCAAAGAGGGUGCUCCCAAGGUGGCUCCGAGUAAAUCAUAUGCCAAUUGUGUGGAGCAACUGAUCAACGAGGGGGAAAACGAGUACAACUUGGGCAAAUACAAGGAGGAGGUCAAGAAAAUGUUGAACAUUGCCUAGAGAAGAGUUGUUGAAAGCAAUAAAGCGAGAUGUUAUAGAUGG